AAACUUGAACUUGAACUUCACUUGGUCUCUUUAAAUUGGCGUAUGGCAACCGGCCGGCGUUCUCUUUUGAUGGACCGAAUGUGGAUGGAGACGAGCUGAUGAGAACUGAAUCCGUCGGCGGCGAGGAAGAAUAAUGGUAAGAAGCAUCUUCCCUCUCUCCAAUCGCAGACUCAUUCGUCGUCUCCUCCCUCCGCUCAAACAACAGACGGCCGCCAUUCACACUACAACAGUUACUCGUCGACGGCUCCGAUUUGAGUCCCAACUGACCCGUUCCGAACUCCUCGAUCGGAUAUGUCGACUCUUAAUUCUCCGGCGCUAUGACAGCAUCAAUAUUGAUUUCUCCGACGCCCUCGUUGACGCCGUUCUUCGAAAGCUCAAGCUAAACCCCGAAGCCUCUCUUCAUUUCUUCAAACUAGCUUCAAAGCAGCAAUUUUACAGGCCGCACAUGAAAUCUUACUGCAUAAUCGUUCACAUAUUGUCGAAAGCUCGAAUGUUCGACGAAGCGCGGUCUUAUUUGGAUGAGCUCGUGGAACUCUCUAGACAAAAGGAAUUAACGUCGCUUGUAUGGAAUGGAUUGGUUGCAGUUUAUACAGAAUUCAAAUUUUCUCCCACGGUUUUUGAUAUGGUUCUGAAAAUUUACGCUAAGAAGGGGUUGAUUAAGAAUGCAUUGUACGUGUUUGAUAAUAUGCCCAAGUGCGGCUGCAGGCCGAGCUUACUGUCUUGUAAUAGUUUGUUGAGUUGUUUGGUGAAAAAUCGUGAAUAUCAUACUGCAUUUUGUGUUUAUGAUCAGAUUACUAGAAUUGGAAUUUCUCCUGACAUAUACACUUGCACAAUAAUGGUAAAUGCCCAUUGUAAGGAUGGUAGAGUUGAUAAAGCUGAGGACUUUAUUGAGAAAAUGGAAGCAAAGGGUUUGGAAGCAAAUAGAGCCACUUACCAUAGUUUGAUCAAUGGGUAUGCGGAGAAUGGUGAUAUGACUGGAGCUGAAAGAGUGUUAAGAUUAAUGAUUGAAAGAGGUAUAUCCAAGAAUGUGGUGACGUACACAUUGCUAAUCAAGGGAUAUUGCAAGCAGGGGAAUAUGGAGGAAGCAGAGAAAGUAUUUCGAGGGAUGGAGGUGGCAGAGAAUGAUACAGUAGUUGUGGAUGAGCAGGCCUUUGGUGUGUUGAUAGAUGGGUUUUGUCAAAUUGGGAAACUGGAUGAAGCAAUUAGGAUUCGAGAUGAGAUGUUGAAAUUAGGCUUGAAAAUGAACCUAUUUAUUUGCAAUUCAUUUAUAAAUGGUUAUUGCAAGCUUGGUCAAGUCCGCAAAGCAGAAUGGAUUAUAAGGACUAUGAUGGGCUGGAAUGUAAGACCAGAUUCUUACAGCUAUAAUACCCUAUUAGAUGGUUAUUGCAGGGGAGGUUGGACAAGUGAAGCAUUCAACCUUUGUGAUGAAAUGAUUCAAGUUGGUAUAGAUCCAACAGUUGUAACUUACAAUACUCUCAUGAAAGGUUUAUGUCAAGCUGGUGCCAUUGGUAAUGCUUUGGACCUCUGGCAUUCGAUGCUUAAGAGAGGUUUUGCUUCUGAUGAAGUUGGAUAUGGUACUCUUUUUGCUGCACUUUUUAAGGCAAAUGAUUUUGAGAAGGCUACAAUGUUGUGGAAACAUAUUAUGGCUAGAGGGUAUACCAAAAGCCUAAUUCUUUUCAAUACAAUGAUCAAGGGACUAUGUAAGAUGGGGAAAAUGAUUGAAGCUGAGCAGCUUCUUGACAAAAUGAAGGAGCUUGGCUGUUCACCUGAUGGAGUAACUUAUAGAACCUUAAUUAACGGUUACUGUAAAGAUGGUCAAAUUGAAAUGGCUUUGAGAAUAAAGGGAGUCAUGGAACAGCAAGGAAUCCUUGCUUCCAUUGAAAUGUACAAUUCAUUUGUUAGUGGAUUUUUUAUGGCUAGGAAGUUGAACAAAGUCGAAGAUCUUCUCAAUGAAAUGCAUGCAAAGGGAAUAACGCCCAAUGUUGUUACAUAUGGUGCCCUUAUUACUGGAUGGGUUAAGGAAGGAGAGCUUGAGAGAGCUUUUAAUGCAUAUUUUGUGAUGAUAAAUCAGGGGUUGAAUCCAAAUGGGAUCAUAUUCAGCACCAUUAUUGGUGGAUUAUAUAGGCAUCGCAGGACUGCUGAUGCAAAUAUGUUGUUGCAAAAAGUAAUGGACUUUGAUACUAGUCUGAACCUUAACUGUCCUCAUGGUUUUCCGAACCCCCAUGUAAGAUCAUUAGAUGUUCAAAAAAUUGCAAAUUCCCUUGAUGAGGGGGUAAAAAAUUCUAUUGUGCCGAACAAAAUACUAUAUAAUCUAGCAGUACUGGGGCUAUGCAAAAUUGGAAGGAUGAAUGAUGCCAGAGAAAUGAUUAGUGCUUUGUUUGAGAAAGGAUUUAUCCCAGAUGAGUUUACAUACUGUGCCUUGAUACAGGGUAUUUCAUUAGCUGGUAAUGUUGAUGAGGGUUUUAAAUUACGGGAUGAGAUGCUAAAAAGGGAUCUUGUUCCUAACAUUGCUAUCUAUAAUGCUCUCAUCAAUGGCCUUUGUAAAACAGGAAAUGUUGAUAGAGCACUGAGACUUUUUCAUAAGCUUCACUCAAAAGGCCUAACCCCCAAUGUUAUAACCUAUAAUACUUUGAUUGAUGGGUACUGUAAGACUGGUAAUACUAGUGAAGCUCUUGAAUUGAAAGAGAGAAUGAUAAAAGCUGGGAUUACUCCUUCAAUGAUUACUUAUUCUACUUUGACAAAUGCUCUGCGUAGACAAGGAAAUGUGGAAGAAGUAUCAAAACUUUUGGAUGAAAUGAUGAAGGCUAGCGGGGAACUGAAUCUUGUGACGAAGAGAACAAUAAAUGAAGUGGCAGGCAUUGGGGUUUAGUCUCCACUUGCAGGGAAAUGUUACAAACAGAUGAAGAAGCCUAAUUAAUCUGGCUCCUUCUCCUUGAUACAAAAUGCAUUGUUGAAUUUUAAGAACUUAGGGAAUCAACCAAAUUCUAAAUCUGGAGUUGGAUGUAUGCAGCUCUGUUUUAUUGGGUUGAAGUAACUAAGUUAUAGAGAUCAUACAUUCGCUGUGUUAUGUGCUUUUCAGAUAGUGAAUCACAAUUAAAUGAAGAUGAACAAAUUGCCAGAGCUCUUUGGGAGUGCUUGAGCAUUGAAUAUCCACCUUUGCAGGCAAACCAAAAUGGCAGUUGGCAGGGAUGUGGAUAUAGCAAUGGGAACUUCUAUCAACUUGUAACUUCCCCCUACACAACAAGUUGUAGGCUGUUGAUAGGAUUGAUCCUUGUGUAUGGGAAUAUUCAUGCUUGGCUUCAACUCAAAGGUGCUGGUGCUUAUGUGGCAAGAAUCUCGGAUUAUGUCCUUGUUGUGCAGCAACAGUGCUCAAUUCAUACUCUCAAAUCACAAGAUCAGUUCUUAUGAAUGGAAUCUCAGGAGGUACUUCUAACACCAGAUUGAAUCUUGGAUCACUGGUUUAUGGAAAUAGUCAUAGUAUUUCCAUUCCAGACUUCGUUGCAAGCUCGAGCUAUUUGGGAUGUGGAAUCUCUGGAGAGCAUUCUUAUUGCCUGAUUUGUGGUCACUAAAGAGAAGCUAGUUUUGACAUUCUUUACGACUGUGAGUUUGCACAAGCCUGCUGGAUGCAAAUUAUUGAUACCCAUAAGUAAGAACAAGAAUACUCAAUAUUGGGUGUGAGAAAAUUGCUGCUGAAUUCAAUACAGUUGGGCAUCCGCUGGACAAUAUUUGUCCGGGCUUAGCUCAAUGAUUCAGUAGGCAGUAUUUUGGAGAAGAGAUCAAUGUUCGAACUUCGGUGGCGACAGUGUGGAGAAUAUGCACAAAAUGGGCAGAUCUUUUGUGCGCACCGGCAUUUGGCCAUGUAUGUUGAGUCAUUGAGUCAGCAUGAUUUACAUCCUCUCAUAUAUUCUGUCGGGCCGGGAUGUGGGAGGCCCUUGGAGUUGAGGAUUCAACCUUUUGGAAGAAGUAUUUUGCUUAUAUGAUCUGGAAUAUAUGGAAAUUGAGGAGCUCCCUAGCUUUGAAGGGUAUUCGAAUCUCUCCAGAAGCAUCAGAGUCCUAUGGGUAGGGGAUAAGGAGAUUAAGAUUUAUAUGAGUUGUCAACUGCAUACCUCACACAAGGAUUUUGGAAGCUUAGUUCUGAUGGAAAAUUAAGCUCAUGUGACAAUGUGUUAAAAUUUACUAAAAAUAAUUUUAUGGGUUAGAUUGUAAUUCUUUUUACGAAGUUAUUAUAAUUUGAAUUGUUUGAAA